AUGGCUGACAACAAGGUAAUCGUUUUCUUCGACCUGGAGGCCACUGGAUUAGACACUACAGUGUGUGACAUCAUCCAGCUGGCUGCCAUCUGUGAGGAUCAGGUGUUUAAUGUCUACAUCCUCCCCCGCCGCCCGCUCACUGAGAGCGCCAAGCAGGUCACAGGCUUCACAGCCACUUCUGACGGCCUGUUUCUCCGCGGCACACGCGUGAAAACCACCCCCCUCAUCGAUGCUCUUUCUUCCUUCAUGGCCUUCCUGCGCUCCUUCAGCCGCCCCGUGGUGUUGGCAGCCCACAGCGCGAGGCGAUUCGAUGCCCCCGUGCUCACCAGAGUGCUGCGGCAAUACUCCCUGAUGCAGGAGUUCCAGCAGGUGGUUCAUGGCUUUCUGGAUACUUUCCCGCUGAGCAAGAACCUCUGCAGAGGUGUGCCAGGUUACUCUCAGCAGGCUUUGGUCCAGCACUUCCUGGGAAAAUCAUACAACGCCCACAAUGCCAUAGAGGAUGCCAAGAUGCUGCAGGAGCUAUACAAGGCCUGGAGGCCAAACCGUUUGAACGUCCUCAGAUAUCAGAACUGCGAGAUCGUCCAGUUGGCUGCUGUCAGCGGUGACCACUCGCUCAAUCUCUACGUCGUCCCUCGGUGUCGGAUACAGAGAGGAGCUGCUCAAGUCACGGGUUUCAGGGUCAGAAGACAGAGGCUGUAUCAACAUCACCGGCCCGUCCUCACUAACUCCCUCAGAGAGGUCCUGGUCUCCUUCAUCGCCUUCCUUCAAAUGCUCGGACGCCCCCUCCUCGUCGGCCACAACAUUCGCCGCUUUGACUGUCCGGUCAUAGUUCGAGUGCUCGAGGAGUUUGACCUGAGAGAAAAGUUUGAGCUCUCCGUCUCGGGCUGCGUCGACACUCUACCUCUGGCUCGCGAGAUGCUGAAGCACCGCGGCCUGAAAAGCUUCGGCCAGGAGGCUCUGGUCAGCGAGCUGCUGGGGCUGAACUACAAGGCCCAUGAUGCUUUGGGGGACGUGCGGGCGUUACAGACGUUGUACCGUUUCCUCCGGCCUACGCCGGAGUUGGUCCGAAAGCACACGUUUACUCUAGACCGUACGGACAGCGAAGCACCGGAGGCAGCUGCCCGUACCGGAGAAGCCCGUGAAGCAGCGGAACAGCGCCCCCUGUGGGAGCACUUCACACAGGCAGUGAGUUUAACCGGGGAGCAGGGACCAUUAUAA